AUGGCCUCUCGCGACCCAGCAUCGUCUGAAGGCACCGACGCCCCUCUGGAUACAAAUCUCCUCAAGGAAAUAGCUCGAAAGGCUCUUGUAGAUUCUUUGAACUCUGUGAAUGGUGCGAAGACCUUGGUACUGGAUCCAUCAUUAGCAGGUCCACUGGGACUCGUGACAGAAGUAGCAUUGUUGAAACAUCAUGGCGUUGACAAGAUGUUUUGGCUGGAAGCUGGCCCCCUGACUUCUACCACGUCAAAUAUCAUAUAUCUUUGUCGCCCUCUCAUAAAGCACGUCAAGUUUAUUGCCGAACAGAUCAAACGACACGCCAAAGACGCGGCAAAACACACAUAUACCUUACUCCUGGUUCCACGUGCUUCUACACUGGUAACGCGGAUCCUGGAGGAGGAAGGAGUACUAGGCGAUGUCUCCAUCUCAUCAUAUAAUCUUCAAUUUAUUCCAAUUGAAGAAGAUGUUGUUUCCUUGGAAUAUGAGUCUGUCUUCAAGGACAUAUGGGUGGACGGCGACGAGACGGCAAUAUAUGAUUCUGCCCAGGCCUUGAUCACGCUUCAGAAAUUAUAUGGUCUCUUUCCUCGCGUUAUCGGAAAAGGCGACAAAGCUGCGAGACUUACGGCUCUUCUGACCAGUUCUCUCGCCCAAGCAAGGACAUCCUCAGCACCUGACACCCUUUUCCAAUCCUCGGACAAAAUCGAUGCUUUAAUUGUCCUGGAUCGCCGCGUCGACAUGAUAACACCCCUGCUUACCCAACUUACUUAUGAAGGUCUUAUCGAUGAGCUUAUUAGUAUCAAGAACUCUCACGUCGAAUUACCAACCUCGCUUGUAUCUCCGCCGACCGCUGAGACAACUGGCCUUGCGGCAGCCACCCCCUCCACGUCCUCUGGCACUCUGAGGAAAGAAAAUAAGAAGAAAUACCAUCUUUCGUCAUCGGAUACUCUCUUUGGCGAACUGAGAGAUCUGAAUUUCUCUGCCGUGGGGCGCAGACUGAACAAAGUGGCGCGUCGGCUGGAAGAUGAUUAUAAGGCGAGCCGGCAAGCCAAGACUAUUCCCCAACUUCGGGAUGUUGUGGGCAAGCUGGGCGGCUUGCAGAGCGAGCAUCAAGCAUUACGGCUACAUACCGGUCUUUCUGAGCUCCUAGUCCCUAUGACCCGGACCGACCAUUUCAACAAGUCUCUGGAAAUCCAACAAGACCUUUUGGCGUCUUAUAAUGUCUCUGAGCAAAUAUCCGCUAUUGAGGACCUCAUAGCACAAGGCGCCGAAAUCGAGCUGGUAACCAGACUACUUUGUCUCGCAAGUAUUACUGGGGGAGGUAUCAAGGCAAAGACUUUGGACAACAUUAAGCGCGAAAUUUUACAGACCUAUGGCUAUCACAAUCUACCAAUGCUCUUAUCACUGGCAUCACCUCCGCUUGCAAUUUUACUACCCAAUCCUCUUCCAGCAUCGGCGUCUGCGACGACGCUGCCGAAGUAUCCGUAUACGUCACUAAGAAAGUCCCUUCGGCUGUUGAUUGACGAUAACCCGGAGGCCUUGGAUGAGGUCGAGAAUGACAUCAGCUUUGUCUAUUCUGGUUACGCCCCAAUUAGCAUCCGCCUUGUGCAAUGCGUUGCCCAAAGGGGUGGGGUCCUGAGCAAUCCGGCUGAUAGAGAUAAAGCUGUGCGACAAGGCGAUAACAGUACUAUCCCGGAGGGCAAGGUCCAAGCUCAUGCAAUAAAUGGAUGGAAAGGGUUUGAAGAUGUUAUAGCCACUAUACCUGGCGAAACGGUAGAUGUCAUUCAACAGGGUGUUGGUCGCAGUUCCGCCUCGCCGCCAUUAGGCCGGCCGAUGGAAAACACUAUAACAACCGUCGUAUUUUUUCUUGGUGGCUGCACGUAUACUGAGAUCGCCGCGCUGCGUUGGGUUGGCCGGCAAAAUCGAGGGCGCAAGUUUUUAAUUGCUACAACAGGCAUCGUCAGUGCAUCUAGCAUCAUUGACGGGAUUGCUGGAAUACGGAAGACGGGAGGAUCAUCAUCUAAGGAUGCUGGCAUUUAG